AUGGCUCCAAUUAAAAUCGAUAGAGUCUUGCUUAACGAAGCAUCUCCAAGUGAAGUUAUCAAAAAAGAAUUCAUUUCUGUUAAAGAAGAACUAAACAAAACUGCGAGUAGAGAAUCAAAUGAUGAUAAUAGCUACAGCACAAUACAAAAUUAUAAAUGUACAGAAUGUGACAUAGAAUUUAAGUUAAAAGUCGAAUUUUAUAAACAUCAAAAAAUAGGUCAUUCAAGAAUAGUGAAAUGUAUGUAUUGUGAUAAAACUUUUGAGUUUAUUAAAAAUGUAAGAAAUCAUUCACCAGAAGUAAUUCGUUGUAAAAUAUGUAAACAAGUUUGUGGAUGUAAAACAACUUUAAAAAAACAUGUACUUGAACAUUCGGUGUGUAUGAUUUGUGGCAAAGGAUUUAAAACUGUACGAGCGUGUAAUCGUCAUUUAAGUACUCAUGGAGAUAAACGUCAUUUAUGUACGCUUUGUGGAAAAGUAUUUUCAGAUAAAACUAAUUAUAUUGUUCAUGUCCGAACUCAUACAGGAGAAAAACCAUAUCAUUGUACUCAAUGUGAUGCAAGAUUCAGUAGCAGUGCAAGCUUACUGAAACAUUAUACAAAGCAUUCAGACGAAAGAAAAUUUGAAUGUGAUGUUUGUAAAAAUAAAUUUAAAAGCAAAGCUCAUUUACGAAAUCAUAAACGAACUCAACAUGUAGAUGGGAAAAAUUAUACUUGUGAUAUUUGUAACAAACAAUUUAAGAGAAAAGAUACUUUACGUGACCAUGAAAAAAUUCAUACUGGUGAACGAAAUUGUAUUUGCACGUUCUGUAAUAAAGCAUUUAUGAAAUCAAAUAAUUUAAAAAGACAUUUACGAACUCAUACUGGAGAAAAACCUUUUAGUUGUAGUAGAUGUGAGAAGAGUUUUAGCCAAAAACAUGUACUUACCACUCAUAUGAAAACACAUUCAUUUGAAUUGCCUGAUUAAUUUGUAUUUCUGUAAGGCAAAUGAAAAUGUAAUAUUCUAGGAUAUGGCACGUAAAAAAAUCCGUGAACCCUAAUUUUCGGCCACGUAGUAAAUAAAGUCGUGAGUCGAUAUGGAGCAUUUUCUCUCAUAAGACAUAUAUAUGGCAGAACAGUCGAUAUGGAGGGUGUAGAAAUCUGGAGAUUGUGGUAAACCAGAAAAAAAAAGUAGACCCUAAACACGGCAGACUGGCAGUAUGAUGGUAAUUUGAAAUCAAGCGUGGAAGAAGGCCCGAAAACUGCUGUAAAACAAAUUAUACUGCCAGUCUGCGGUGUCUGCCACUAUUUUGCCAUAAAAGUACUUGUUAUAAAAAGAAAAUCAUACUUGAGUUUAUCCGAUUAUAAUCCACUUUUUUACCGACUCAACCCCAAGCUUCAACCCUACCCCCUCCAAAACCGCCAAGUUUUGGGUCCCAUUAUUUUUUCCGAUUUAUAAAAAAUGGAUGCUUUGACUUAACCGUUGCUUCCAGACGGUUAUGGUUCUUUUUUUUCUCCAGAUUUAUACACCCCCCUCUAUCUCGAAAAUGGCUGUUGUACCAUAUAUAUGUCUUAUGAGAGUAAAUGCUCCACAAUGACUCAGGUGUUUAUUUACUACGCGGUAGAAAGUUAGGGUUCAUAGAUUUUUUACGUGCCAUAUACUAGAAUAUAAUUUGUUCUACUUUGGGUAUAAAUAUUAAAUAUUGUUUAAAACAUUGUUA